GCUAAGAAACUCGUCUUCUAUUAGGGUUCGUGCGUGCGCGAGCGAGGGAUAGUCGACUGGCAGUUGGAUCCAGGUGAGUGGCACCCGACAUUUUUUGUUUCCUGUUUGGUAGCAGCUGGUAUUUAUGCGGCAUGUUCCGGUUGCGACACCUGCCCCUGGCCGCCGCCGCCGCCUCCUUCUUCAGGCCUGCUGCCCCUGCUCGGUCCUCUUUGCAGGCGAAAAAGAGGAAGCCUCCCGCGUUUGCCUUUGCGCGCACGGUCGCCAGAGCUGCAGGGCCAGAUGCUAUGGCCGAUAAGCACAGCGCUAGCAGUGCCACUGCGGCUGGCUCGGGAGACAAGCACAAGCAUUCCAAUCGCCUCCUCCAUGAAAACAGCCCGUAUCUUCUCCAGCAUGCACACAAUCCAGUGGAUUGGUAUCCAUGGGGAGAAGAAGCGUUUGCCAAGGCCAAGGCAGAAGACAAGCCGAUUUUCCUAUCAGUCGGAUACAGCACUUGUCACUGGUGUCAUGUAAUGGAAGUGGAAUCGUUCGAGAGCGAAGAGGUCGCCAAAUUGCUCAAUGACUGGUUUGUGAGCAUCAAAGUCGACCGGGAAGAGAGGCCCGACGUUGAUAAGAUCUACAUGACAUUCGUCCAAGCUUCACAAGGUGGAGGAGGCUGGCCUAUGAGCGUCUUUCUUACGCCGGAGCUCAAGCCCAUCGUGGGAGGAACGUACUUCCCUCCCGAGGAUAAUUACGGUCGUCCAGGGUUUAAGACAGUUUUAAGGCGAGUGAAGGAGAACUGGGACUCGAGGAAAGCCGUGCUUCGAAACGCUGGGGACAAUGUCAUUCAGCAGCUUGCAGAGGCAAUGGCCGCGUGUGCAACGUCUCUUCAAGUUUCAGGUGGUGUGGCGGAGCAAGCUGUCCAGCUCUGUGCUAGUCAGCUCAUGAAAGGUUUUGAUGCCAAGCUCGGCGGGUUUGGUAGUGCACCAAAGUUUCCCAGGCCGGUGGAGCUGAACUUGAUGCUUCGGUAUUAUAAGCGUCUGGAUCAAGCUGGCAAAGCAAGCCUCUCCAAAAAGGCUUUGGAAAUGGCAAGUUUUAAUCUUCAAUGCAUGGCGCGGGGAGGAAUGCACGAUCAUGUUGGAGGAGGAUUCCACAGAUAUAGCGUUGAUGAUUACUGGCAUGUCCCACAUUUCGAAAAGAUGCUCUAUGACCAGGCUCAGCUUGCAAAUGCCUACCUUGACGUUUACCUCGUCACGAGAGAUACGAUGCAUGCCUGCGUUGCAAGAGAUAUUUUAGACUACUUGAACCGGGACAUGACACACCCUGAGGGUGGCAUAUUUUCUGCUGAAGAUGCGGACAGUCUAGAACCAAGCGGAUCCUCAAAGAAGAAAGAAGGCGCAUUCUACGUCUGGACUGCCAAAGAAAUCGAAGACGUUCUUGGGAAGGAUCGCGCUCAGAUUUUCGCGGCUCAUUACUACGUGAGAGAGCAAGGAAACUGCAACCUGUCACGAAUGAGCGAUCCUCACAAUGAGUUCCUGGGCAAAAAUGUGCUCAUAGAGCGGCAGAGCUUAGCUGAUACCGUGGCAAAGUUUGGAAAAACUGUUGAAGAAACUGCUGACCUCCUUGGGCAAUGCCGAGAGUUGCUCCACGCCCAUAGAUCCAAAAGGCCUCGUCCACAUCUGGAUGACAAGGUUAUUGUUGCUUGGAAUGGCCUAGCGAUUUCAGCUUACUCUCGUGCUUCCAGAUUCUUGAGGGCUGAACCCGAAGGAUUGAAGCAUUACUUUCCAGAUAUGGGAUGCGACCCGAAGGACUACUUGAUAGUUGCUGAACGUAUUGCAAAAUUCGUGAAAGAUAAGAUCUACAAUGCAAGUGCGAAGCGACUUCAGCGUAGCUACCGGAAGUCUCCAUCCCAGGCUCCCGGAUUCUUGGACGAUUAUGCGUUUUUAAUUGCUGGACUUUUAGACUUGUACGAGGCCAGUGGAGACACGAAGUGGCUUGCCUGGGUCUUUGAGCUUCAAGAAGUGCAGGACCAUCUGUUCUUGGAUAAAGAAGGUGGGGGUUAUUUCAGCACUGCAGAAGGCGAUUCCUCCAUUUUGUUCCGCAUGAAGGAGGACUACGAUGGUGCCGAGCCUUCAGGUAAUUCAGUAGCGGCCAUCAACUUGUUGCGUCUCGCUUCUAUCUGUCACGGCGAGGAGGGAAAAUUGUUUCUUGAGAGGGCUCAGCAUCUUUUGGUACGUUUUGCAGCAUUUCGUAGUUUCUUUUCUUCAUUGCUCGCUUCUCGCACACAGGCUGUUUUCGAAGGCAAGGUGAAAGAAUUGGCUAUGGCAGUGCCCCUGAUGUGCUGUGCCUACGAUGUGCUGGCCGUUCCUUCCAAGCGACAGAUUUUGGUGGCAGGCGCCAAAACGUCAGGCGAGUUUGAUGCAUUGGUGACGACAAGUCAUCUCUUCUUCGACCCGGAUUCGACCAUUAUCCAGAUAGAUCCGGAGCUGCCUAGCGACGUAGAGUUUUGGCAAGCCAAGAAUCCGAUGCUCCUGGCCAUGGCACAGGGAAAAGCCCCCAAGAGCAAAGCAGUGGCCUUUGUUUGCCAGGAUUUCAAGUGCUAUGCUCCAGUCUCAGAUGCGGCUGCACUGGAGCGGCUCCUCAACAAGAACAAGAGCAAGGUGGCAGCCGUUUAGCUUAUCUGUAAGUAGUCGAUGUCGAGAUGUAGAAAGGACCUUGAGAAACUCAUUCGGAAGGAUGUACAAUACAGAAAGCCUGUUGAGGAGAAAAAA